AUGUCAAUUUCAAUAGAUCAAAUCCCGGAUGGACUUAGGCCAGAUAAGAAUGUAAGCCCUUACAUUCAACGAGCAAUCGAACUUGAAGAGGCAGAGCCUAUCAUCAGUUACUACAGCAAAAUCUUUGUACUUGAGUAUAUUUUGAACAACAAGAUACAUACCAAAUCGAAAGAUAAUGAGGAAUUCACGAUAAAGCUCUUGGAUGACACCGAAUCUGUAAAGAAAGAUACAGAAGAUGAAGAGCUUCACACGGUUUUAAACGACAAGAAUUUGUCCUUUCGCUACGCAUUGAAAUUUGCAUACGGGCUAUUCAACCUGUGUCUUGAAAGCCUAAAAACAUAUAGGAGUGAAAACAAGUCUAAAUUAGUUACCAAAUUUAGAGCUGCAAUGUGCUUCUUGAACAUACUUGAGGUGUUUGAGAGUUCGAGUAACGAAAUUGACUUGGGCGCAGUUUUUGGCUCCAAGAUUACAAAUUGGAGCGAUUUUGAAGUCGUAAAUAAGGAGAAGCUAAAGGUUUUGAAAUACCAAUUGACUAAGUUGGUUAAAGAUGAAAUCCAGGUUGAGGAGAAUGAACCUUCAAGCAAUGCGGACUUGGAAAAGGAAUUAGAUGAGGAAUUGCAAAGAUUAAGCACAACCCAAGAUGUCAAAGAUGAAGAAGUCGAAAGUGACACCGCAGAAAGUAGGCACACCGGAUUGAAUGAUGAAACUGACACUGUACUACAUACAAAUGAUGCCAGCAAACCCCAUGAUACAACAGAUGACCUUGUCGGCGAUAGCUCAUCACGGCACAUUGAUGCAGAAAAUGGUAUUCCUGGGGUGAAUCUUCCUGGUGCACCACAUUUCAAACCCGACGAUGACUCUGAUGCAGACGAAAAUGUCAAACUUCCACAAGCGCCGAAGUAUUUGCCAACAGACGAUAUUGGUCACAUAAACAAGUCUGGAACAAUACAAGUUUUUCCUCCAAAAUCAGAUCAAGAUGGCACGGAUGCGCCCAAAGCUGAGGUAACUAGCUCAAAACCUACUCGAGUCCACGAAAAACCUCUUAGCAAGGAAAACAUAAAAGCAAUUCUUAAUCGCGACGAUGCAGUAGCUCAAAUACAAAAACACACCAAAUUUGCCAACUCGGCAUUACAGUUUGAAGAUUUCAAUGAAGCAGAAAACCAACUUGUGAAAGGGUUGGAACUUUUGCGAGCUUUGAAGAGACAAGAUGAGGAGUAA